AUGGAGGAGAAGAUUGAGAGGGCUCGUACCAUUGAUGGGACGGUGGAUCAUGGUAUGCUUCCUGAUGAGAAGACUCGGUUGGAUAUUCUACGGAAGGUGUCGGAGGCGAGUAAUAAAAUGUGGUGGAAUGUUGAGAUUGGGAUCAAUGUUCUUGGCCCGGGCAAGGUGUUGAUUCUGAGUGAUGGGAAUGUCAAGGUGUUUGGGUUUACUUGUGCGCUUGUGUGCAGAUGGGUGGACCAGGAUGUUUUUGCUCAUCCUAAUCACCGUGGGGAUAGGGCGAUGAUGGGCCUACCUGCGGAGAGGUUGAAGCCUGAGUCGCCGAUUAUUCGGGGGACAGGUGCCCUCGGUCCGGAAGGUGCACUCCGGCGGUGGGUUCCCGAGAGGUGGCUUGGGAAUGUGAAUUUGGCUGCCGGAUGGUUGUUGAAUACGUUUUCUGACUUGAAGGGGGAGGGUUUUAUGCCGCUGCCUCCUUGGCUUUUCCCUGCGGAAGUCUCACAACGUGGGAUUGGCGAGGUGGUGAGGAAGCGGGUGGAGGGGAUAAAAGGGAAGCAAAUGCCACGGGCUAGUUUCCCUUCGCCUAGCACCAGGGACGUUGACGAGUCUGCUGAACGGCUGGCACGGCUGGAACGGCUGGAACGGAUGGCGGAGGAGGAUGGGCAGUACGAGGAGCGUAUGGCUCGCGAGUGUGGAUAUGGGGGUAACUAG